GCCGCGGGGCUGGGCGGGGGCCGCCCGCCACCCGCCCGCCCGCGGGGUGGCUCCAGGGGGCGCCCUCACGCGAGGGGCAGGCGCUCCUGUUCCAGAGACCGGCCGGCAGGGGCCGUGGCGGGGCCUUCUCUCCGCUCCUCCUCGGCACCCUCGCGGCUCCGGUAGUCGCCCCCGCCCCCCCCGGGCCCCCGGGCCUCCGGCCGCCGCCAUGAAGCUGCGGGUGCGGCUCCAGAAGCGGACCUGGCCGCUGGAUCUGCCCGACGCCGAGCCGACGCUGGGCCAGCUGCGCGCGCACCUGAGCCAGGCCCUGCUGCCCUCCUGGGGCUUCGGUUCUGAUACCCGGUUUGCAAUCACAUUGAACAACAAGGAUGCCCUCACUGGAGAUGAAGAGACCUUGGCUUCAUAUGGGAUUGUUUCUGGGGACUUGAUAUGUUUGAUUCUUGAAGAUGCCAUUCCAGCACCUAACUUACCUUCAUCCACAGAUUCAGAGCAUUCCUCACUCCAGAAUAAUGACCCACCCUCUUUGGCCGCCAGCUCCAAUGGGUCCAGCAUACAGAAUGAACAGCCCAGUAAUUCAUUCCAAGGACAGGCAGCCCAAACUGAUGUCUGGAAUGAGGACAAUAUGUCGGGACCUAGUCAGAAUUUUGAAGCUGGGUCAGUUCAAGAUGUUGUGGAUAUGGAAGAGGGCACAGGUGUCUUUCCCUUGGAACCGAUGCUCUGCAGUGAAUCGGUGGAAGGGCAAGUGCCACAUUCAUUAGAGAUCCUGUAUCAGUCAGCUGACUGCUCUAAUCCCAAUGAUGCCUUGAUAAUAUCGAUACAUCUUCUCAUGUUGGAGUCAGGUUACAUACCUCAGGGGACUGAGGCUAAAGCUCUGUCCAUGCCUGAGAACUGGAAGUCAGGUGGUGUGUAUAAGCUGCAGUACACGCAUCCUCUCUGCGAGGGCGGCUCUGCUGCUCUCACCUGUGUGCCUUUGGGAACGCUGAUUGUCAUAAAUGCUACUCUAAAGAUCAACACUGAGCUCAGAAGUGUGAAAAGAUUGCAGCUGCUGCCAGAAUCAUUUAUUUGCAGAGCAGAACCAGGGGAAAAUGUAGCCAAGAUAUACAAAGAUCUUCAGAAGCUCUCUCGACUCUUCAAAGACCAGCUGGUGUAUCCUCUUCUGGCUUUUACCCGACAAGCCCUGAACCUGCCAGACGUAUUUGGGUUGGUGGUCCUCCCAUUGGAGCUGAAGCUGCGGAUCUUCCGACUUUUGGAUGUUCGUUCUGUUCUCUCUUUGUCUGCGGUUUGUCGUGACCUCCUUAUUGCUUCAAAUGACCAGCUGCUCUGGAGGUGUUUAUAUCUGAGGGAUUUUCGAGAUGGUACUGUUAGAGCUCGAGACACAGAUUGGAAAGAACUGUACAGGAAGAGGUACAAACAAAGAAAAGAAGCUCAGAGAGCGCGCCACAUGAUGUUCCCGCCUUCAUCGCCCCACCCCAUCCCCUUUGGCCCCAGCCCCUGGCACCCCAGGCCUUUUCCUCCUAGCUCUCUCCUUCCUCCAGGAAUUAUUGGUGGAGAAUAUGAUGAAAGAUUAACACUUCCCUUUGUUGGGGACCCCAUCAAUUCACUCAUUCCCGGGCCUGGGGAGACCCCCAGCCAGUUCCCUCCACUCAGACCACGUUUUGAUCCUGUUGGCCCGCUUCCGGGACCUCGCCCCACCUUGCCAGGGCGGGGUGGCCCGAGUGACAGAUUUCCCCUAAGGCCCAGCAGGGGCUGGCCAACUGACAGCAGGCCACCAUUCAUGUGAUUGAUUUGUAAUCUCACUUCUGGAGCUUGUUUGGUUUUGAUGUCAUCUUGUUGGGGUGCUGAUCUCUAGUGUUUUCUGAUUGUGAUGGUGAGGAAUGCACUCACAGUGGCCUUUCAGUAGAUCUGUUUAAAGCUCCAGGGGUGGUAGGGCCCAGAGGUCACUGUAUGACCAGGUUGACCUUGGGAAUAGCUAGCUACUGACCUACACCACCCCCACCCCCCGCCCCGAAUUCCCCUCUUGAGUGAAUGAAGGUGGUUCAUCGAUAAUGUUCUGCACCAGAUUAAAAAAAAAAACAAAACAUA